CUUCUGCAGAACCCGACACACCAGCUAGUGAGACACAUUUACUGAAGGUGAUGCUUUCCUAUAGCAUGUAAGGGAGCAUUUUGUAGGAUGUAUGAAAUGCUCCAAAGAUGCAUUGAAUAAACUUAAUAACAAUUUUUAUUAGAAGCAAGUAAUCAGACAUGCAACUAGUAAUGAAAAUCAGAGGAGCCCCCCCCCCCUCCACAAAAAUUGUUUCUGGCUACAGGCCUGAUAUAAUCAGCAUAAAAUAAUACAUUCUGAACUGUUUGAAGGCUUGAGUUCAAAUAAAACAUGAAUCAUGCUCCCAUAAUUGAGCUUUGUAUGUCCUUAGAAUUUUCUUAACUCAUGAAUAUCUUUGUUGGCCUAAUGUCGCCUUAGCUAGUGUUUGAUUCUCUGAUGGGAUGCAUGACACUGCACAUUCGCUACACAAUAAGAGUCCAUAGAUCCCCCCCCCCCCAUCAGAUCCAGUACCAUGUCCUCUUCAUUUGUUGUAGGACAGCAUGUUUCCUUCUGGUCUGAAGGAAAAGAAAGCUUUUUCUUAAUAUUAAUGUGAUGAUUUACUAGAUGUAACAUGAAGCCAUUGCCGCUGGUCGUCAUAUGUAUGAUUUUCAAACAAGGCUGAUGAGACCCUGAGGAGAGGAGUUUUAUGUAGGAAAUAAGUUCUCACCUUGUGUGUGUGUCUGUGUCUUUGUGUGUGUCUGUGUGUGUAUGUCUGUGAGUGUGUAUAUGUGUGAGUGUGUAUAUGUCUGUGAGUAUAUAUAUGUCUGUGAGUGUGCUUAUGUGUGUGUAUGUCUGUGUGUAUAUGUGUGAGUGUAUAUAUGUCUGUGAGUGUGCUUAUGUCUGUGACUGUGCUUAUGUCUGUGAGUGUGUAUAUGUCUGUGAGUGUGUAUAUGUCUGUGAGUGUAUAUAUGUCUGUGAGUGUGUAUAUGUCUGUGAGUGUAUAUGUUUGUGAGUGUGCUUAUGUUUGUGACUGUGCUUAUGUCUGUGAGUGUGUAUAUGUCUGUGAAUGUGUAUAUGUCUGUGAGUGUAUAUAUGUCUGUGAGUGUGUAUAUGUCUGUUACUGUGCUUAUGUCUGUGAGUGUGUAUAUGUGUGAGUGUGUAUAUGUCUGUGAGUGUGUAUAUGUUUGUGACUGUGUAUAUGUCUGUGAGUGUAUAUAUGUCUGUGAGUGUGUAUAUGUCUGUGAGUGUAUAUGUUUGUGAGUGUGCUUAUGUUUGUGACUGUGUCUGCUUAUGUCUGUGAGUGUGUAUAUGUCUGUGAAUGUGUAUAUGUCUGUGAGUGUAUAUAUGUCUGUGAGUGUGUAUAUGUCUGUUACUGUGCUUAUGUCUGUGAGUGUGUAUAUGUGUGAGUGUGUAUAUGUCUGUGAGUGUGUAUAUGUUUGUGACUGUGUAUAUGUCUGUGAGUGUAUAUAUGUCUGUGAGUGUGUAUAUGUCUGUGAGUGUAUAUGUUUGUGAGUGUGCUUAUGUUUGUGACUGUGUCUGCUUAUGUCUGUGAGUGUGUAUAUGUCUGUGAAUGUGUAUAUGUCUGUGAGUGUAUAUAUGUCUGUGAGUGUGUAUAUGUCUGUUACUGUGCUUAUGUCUGUGAGUGUGUAUAUGUGUGAGUGUGUAUAUGUCUGUGAGUGUGUAUAUGUUUGUGACUGUGUAUAUGUCUGUGAGUAUGUAUUCCCUGUGAUGUGCCCAGGUCCAGCAUCUCGUAAGCCGCUGCACAUGCCCCGCCCAGUUCCCCAUGGCCAAAGUGUCAGAGGGCAGAUCCUAAGAAGUCAUGUGAUGGUGCGGGUGGGCGGAGGCUGGGACACGCUGGAGCACUACCUGGACAAACACGACCCGUGCCGUUGCACAUCUCUCACCCACAAACAGCCCAGGACGACCAGACUGCAGCAUCCCACCGCUCCCGUGCACGAGGUCAGGACUGUUCCGACGGCGCAGCACGGGGAUGGAGGCGGGGCCGAGCCCAAGCUGCUGGUGAGCCGCACACAAUCGCCCCCGCCGCCCGUCCCCUGGGUGACCGCGGGCGGCAGCACGAGAGCCCGGAGCGCACACUGCCCGGCACGGCGCCCAUCUCCGGAGCCACGUGCCAGGGUUGCUGCGGGGCUAAGACCACCUUCUCCUGACAGAGUGAGGGCAAGAUCAGCCACUCCCACACCCAGCAGAAACCAGCCCCGCGAGGACGAGAAACAGUGUGUACACAGCGCCUCCACAAGGACAGGGAGAGAACUGACCCGGCAGUCUCCCUCUCCUCGCCUGGCUAGUAGCCUUCCUCGACCGAUUCGGACCUCUCCCGUCCCCCAGCCUGAAAGCCAGCGCCCUACAACGCCUCUGGUCUUCCAGAAGACUGCAGGAAUCUUCACUCUCCACCUACAGCACAGCCCAGCAAGUCGGAUCACAGAAACCUGGACAAAAUCCCAGUUCGCCUCUAAGUUACGGCAUGGCAGCGCAUCAAAUACGCAAAAUGUAGAGGCUGAAAGCAGGGUUCCCAGUCCAAUUGGCAUGUCCAGGAAGGGGGGACCUAUUUCAGCUGGUUCGUCCACACCUGUGCGGUGCUAUGUCCCCAUCAGGGGUAGCCGUCCCAGUGCCGUGCAGCCCUUUACAGCUGUCCACCUGACGGAGGAUGCUGGGCAUCCUCUACAGAUUUCAAAUUUCAUUCGCACCUUUAGCCCAACUAAGCAGUCGAGAGGCAAAGCCUCAGAUGGACACUUGCUCGGUGUCCUCACACCUGCCGAAAGUGGUGCAGAGGUGGGUCAGGAGGAUCCUCCACCCAGCUCAUACAGCAGUCACGGACUUCUUGUAAACAGCUCCAUAAUUGAAGGAGCCAAACAGUCAAGAAGCCGGGCAUUGCAAAGCUCAGCAAAGAAUUGUGCCCUUAUUGCCCCCCCGGAGCUUGGCAGUGCAGAGGGCAUCAGGGAAAUUAGUAAGAGGUACUUCUUCACGCCACCACCCAUCAGUCUGGAACAGGAAGCUAGUCUGUACCGUAGUUUGGAGCAUGAGAUUCUGUCCAACCUAAAGCUGCUUAACACACACACAGAUGAUGACAGCAGCAUAGAAGGUGGCCAGGAUGGUGGUGGCAUGGGGAGAGUGGGAGACAGAUUCUGCACGAAUGACCCAGUUCCAUGUCCAUCUAAGUCGUCUUGUCAAAGCCCUCCUCCUGUAGAGGACAGAGCUGCCACUGACUCCAUUUCUAAUGAAAACAGCAGUGUGGGUAUGGAUGACCUGGCAACAGGGUCAUUUCUGCUGUACCCAAGCGACAUCCAAGCACGUAUCCUGGAGCUGAGUGCAGGGAACCAUCAGGCCUCUAAGCCAGGCACCAAGAACUCCAUGGGAUGCAGCGUGGAGUCCACUGAUCUCACAGAGACCACACAGAAAAGACAAGACUUUGGUGUAACUAAUCCUAGUGCAAACAUCGCCCCUAAGGUGUGCACCAUGGCACCAUACAGAGGUUUCACCCAAAAGUCCUCAAUACCCAUUACCCCAUCUUCUAAGCUAAGGAGGGUGCUGAAAAGGCCAGAGAGGGUGCCGUCCAUUUAUAAGCUGAAGCUGCGACCCAGGGUUCGACCCAGGCGGGACAACAGGCCGGAGAGAAAACCCUCCAGAAUACCGACCCCGCUAUUCUAUCGGCGUGGCCAGCCUGGCCGCGGCUCUCAAAGGGAAAGACGGAGAGACGAUACGGAAGCUGCUCCAUGUUGUUUGGACAGCAGCCCCAAGUCCAAGGAGGACACACUGGUUUCAUUUCCAAGGCCAAAAAUGGCAGCUAAAGAGGCUGUCAGGGACCAAGCAAAAGAGACUUGGCUUUGACUGGGAUGAUUGAUUAUUUUUCACACUUGAAUGUUAUAUUGCAUUUCCUGAAAUUAUAUAAAAAAAAGUUUCAGGGACAAAUGUAUAUUCAUAUGAGCAGCAAGUGUACUUAAUAUAGCACAUGACUAACAUCCAUCCAUCCAUCCAUCCAUCUUCUGUACCUGCUUGCCAUAUUCAGCAUUGCCAGGCUUUGGAGUCUUGUAUCAGGUUUAUUUCACUGUAUAAUCAAUUUGCAGCAUAGGGCAGGGAACACAAUGGGUCCAUUAUAGGACAGAAACUAAGGGAAGUUUAGAGAUAUCAAACCACAUUCUUGCACUGCAGGAGGAAACCCACACAAACAGGAACUGGAGGUGAGGAAUCAAAGUCACAGCUAGUGAUGAGUAAACUGAGUUUCAUGAACCAUUGCCUGUAUGUUUUGACCCCACCAGAUGGUGCUCUUGAUUUGCUUUGGGCCAUGCUUUGAGUGCUUUUUUGAACAGAGAGCACCAUCUAGUGGAGUGAAAAAAUACAGCAAAUGGUUCAUGAAGCUUCAUUUGGCCAUCACUAGCCACAGCUGAGGUUUUGGCGCUUCAUUGCUACAUACCACCGCAGAAGACCUUCCAUAUUCUGGGGAGUAACAAAAUGUCGACGCUAUCACACCUCCACUAUUUCUCCACCAUUAUUCCUGCAUUCCGCCCUCCUGCUGCCAGAGGUUUUGCUUCCCUGUAAAAUGGUCUCACGGCACCUGGGGAGUGUGACACAAUAGAGGGGCUAAGGAAUCAUUAUUGGCCCCAGCUGGAGGUCCCUCAGCUAUGGCCAGUUCAAGCCGGAAGGGGGUGGGGGGGUGCAUGCGAUCUAUCGCCGCAGCCUGGCGGAGCAUAAAUACCCGCUAAGAGGCUACAUUUAGACAGGCAUCAAAGGGAAUGUAACCAAGACAAAACUGUGAAUAAAGCCAGCACUGAAAUGGGUGAUUUUCCAUUAUGGGCUUUGUGCAAAUUAUGGAAGGUUCCAAAUGAUUAGUACAAUUACUGCGUGCCCUAUAACAAUACCAACCACAACAAAUAACUGAAAUUGUAUGUGCCCUGAUUUUAAUCAGGGAUUCGGCAAGUCGGUUAAUAAGUUUUUUUAAUUCAUUUUAUUUACCGCUAGCAGGGGAGCGGGUUAGCGAUGCGCACGGACCGCGAGUCGCCUCCGUAACCUUGUGCCUUUGACGGGCGCGGCUGCAGCCCGCAGACCUAUAAAUAUCCCCCAGCACAAUGCUGGAGAGUCUGGGGCUAUUAUUAGCAUGAUCAGAAAUGCAGCCUGUCACGCUACGCUGGCUGCGUUCUCCCUUUGUCACUUUCUUCCCCAGAUACUUGUAAAUCACCUUUGUUUCCUGUGCGAGAAGAGGACAAUCAAAGUCCUUGCCUUGAAUGUCUUCAUUUGAAUGGAUUUUCAUAAAUAUAAACACGAGAGUUUUUUUUUUUAAUCGAACUCAACAGUCAAUGUACGCUUGGUUCAAAUAUCAUGCCUUUAUAUUGUUAUUUAAUGGUCUUUUCAGGUUGUAACUGGACAUUCUUGAUUAGUACCUGGAGAUGAAAUUACAAUGAGGUUUUAUUAGGCUUCAGGUCUGAAUUGUAACAAUUAAGUUUGCUGUAUGCUGCUGGAAAAGGGUCCGAAUAGCUUCUCUGUUUAUUUGGCAACCAGUUCAUGAGAACUGUGGGUAAAUCACUGGCUUAUAUUCUUUUUGUCUAGUGAUUAAGUGAAGAACAUGUAGUGUGCCUGUUUUGUGCUAACAUUGGUAGACUGGCAUAGUAAACACAUAAUGUCAUGGAGCAAUUUAUCUUCAAUUCUGAAUCUGAUGAGGAAUAAUUUAGCUAUAAAAAAAAGUUUUUUUUUCCAGUUGUUUCUAAACCAGUGGGAUGACUCAAUAAAUGUGAAGGGCAGCCACAUGUAGUGUAUACAACAAAGGCUUGGGUUUAUGUGUACAAAUUCAGUUUGACCUGCUUGCACUUUGUGCCAGGUGGAGAUAAAUCAGCGUAACAGCUGGAAGCGGAAACUGGAGACGUGACUAAAAUGUUGGUGCUUUUUCCCAAGCUUCAAGCAUAAGAU